UCUGGGUCAUUCCCUCCCCCCGCCGUCGCCAGCCUCACCCUCUGCCUGGCAAAACCAAAUCAGCCUCCACUUUGGGAUGGCUCAGAAAAGACCUAGCCCGAUCGGGAUGUUUUUCUCCCUCUGAUCUUUUUCCAAUCAAACACCUUCGCCCGUUUGAUCCACCACCGACGCAGCUCAAGAUCAUCCGGGAAGGGAUUGGAGUAGGAUCCAAAUCCUUUGCUCAGGUUGUCAUGGCGGACAAGAAUGCGCCGCCGAUGGGACAGAAGCAGCGUGGUCCGGUCCCUCCGAAAAACCCCGGACGUCGUCAACCUCCAGGAGGUGCACGUGCAGCUGCGCCGCCUGGUAAAGGGUGUACAGUGGACAAGCACGCGUGCAAUCUUGGCAAGGAUCAGCUCGUCGCUGCAUCAAUGGAAGGUGCUAUGUGUGGGCGACCAAUCGGUGCUGCUGAGAAGAUGCAUCCAACUCCUAGAUCGGCGAAGAGGCGAGCUGCUCGGGAUUGCAUGGGAGUCAGCCUGAGAGCUUGCAAGAGAAAGAUCGAAGAGGAGAUGCUGAAGAUUCACCCAGAGUGAAAAAGAGA